CUGACGAGCUGAUAAUAAUGAUAAAAGAAAACUUUUCUAAAAAAUAAAAAAUCAAAAGAUCCAAAAGUUUUGAAAGCUUUUCACUUUUCAGACAUUGACUGUUGAGUCUUUGAAGAGUGACUCCAAUAAAUCAGACGGAUAUUUUGAACCAACUCCAUUCCAUCGUUCUCCUUCUCAAUAUCUUCAUAAAAUUCACAUCAACAUCUCCCAAAUCCGGAAAAUAAACUGAUAAGAAUAGUCAAAUGAGAAAAUAUCGAGGGCAAAAUCUGUAACAGUUUUAAUCGAUCAUGUCAUUCCAUAACAGAUUUGUGUCGGGACCAGAGGCAUAGGAGAUGAAAAACCCAUGAACCAAUAUUCAUCUAACCGAAUAGAACUUCAUCAAGAAAUACUUUCAUGAAGCAGCUAAUAAUGCACUAAGUUUCACGACCAAAUACUUCUGGGUAUAUCACAAUCGUUUAAAUGGCUUACAUCGGAGGCACUUGUGGUGAACAAAUCAUCGUGGCACCGAACUACACUCCAAAAUGUGGCGGUUGCAAUUCGGACUACCACGGACGUGGAAACUGCUCGACUACUCCUCAGAGUCAGACCUCCUGGUACCAGAAACCUGCAGAUAAUCAAAAUCCCUGGAUAUGCAACGAUCAGCCAUCUGCCUCAGAACCUGUCACAAAGAAGCAGGCUGUGACUGCGAUGUCAGCUGAUGCAUUUUUUUCUCGCAUUUCUCAACUGUUCGAAGCCAGUCUAGCACCAAUCCGUGCUGCUCACCAGGAAAUCGUUGAAGGCCAGCGUGCUUUGACUAAACAAGUAGAAACCCUCAGACGUGAUAUUACCGGUCUCAAGUCACGGCAGCAUGAAGGUGAAAUGACGAAGGAAUUACCAAAAAAUUCAUCCACGAAGAAAGUACUAAAAAAUUCUUCAUCAACUGAUAGCCAACGCCGCGAUGACGAAGGCCACAAUUCAAGCGGUGAUCAAGACGAAGAUACUGCUCCCCUCGUCGAUAAUUUAGAUUCCGAUAAAGAUCCAUCCAGUCCGAAAAAUGAUUCAGAGACCGAAAAGGAUCCAAAUACGAAGGAAUCCACGCAGACCUCGGAGCUCAUCUACGGCAUUAGAAUAAAUAAAAAAAAAUCAUUCAAAAAGUCAUGGGAUAAACAGCAUUACUGCAAGUUCUGCGAAAAACCUGUGCUAAAAUUACCUCGUCAUCUCGAAGAUCGACACGAUACAGAAGCAGAGGUAAUGGAAUUCCUACAAAUACCACCAAAAGAUCCAAAAAGACGAGAAAUAAUCGAUAAAAUCAGAAACGAAGGCAAUUUCAUGCAUAAUCAAAAAGUACUCAUAUCAGGUACAGGCGAACUUUUCACUAAACGUCGACAAGGUUGUGAUAGCCAAGACAACGCACACCUCGACAACUACAUCGUCUGCAGUAUUUGCCACGUUGCUGUGCGCAGCAAAAGUCUAGCGAGACAUCGGCGCCUAAUUCAUUUGAAAAGAAAACACCAAGAUCCGUCCAGUUCAGAAAAUGUUAACGCGUCAGACGACGCUACUGCUACUAGAGAAUAUAGAAGAGAAUGCGAACGUUUCCUUCCUCUAAUCAACUUAGAAGGCGUUUCAACCGAAUUCAAACACGCCGUACUUAAUAUCAUGAGACCCGGUCCCAUCACAACAGUAGCAAAGCAAGACGAACUCAUCCUCAACUACGGCCAAAAGGUCUUCGAACACAUUAAUAAACACGAUACAAAAAUCAACCUGCGUGAAAUAGAUAAAAAAGGCAAAAAGACCAACGCGUAUAUAUCUCAAAAAAUGAGAGAACUGGCUCGAUUACUGAUCAGUUUUCGUAAAUUUGUCGACGAUGAUAAACGUACCAUGAGAUCGAUCUUGAAAUCCGAAGAGGUACCUAACCUAAUACAGACGAUUAAAGUUUUGGCAGAAUGUGAAACCGAGACCAAACAGCUCAAGAAACCUACUCUCGCUAGACAUUGUGGCAUCUCAGUCAAACACAUGGCAUCUUUUGCCAAAGAAGCAGCCAUUGAAAAUAAUGAUAAGGAAUUCGUCGAUGAUCUAGAUGCUUUUACAACCGCGUACGAAGCUAAGUGGAACUCCGAAGUGUCUCGAUUAGCAAUUAAUACAAUUAAAAAGAGAAGACUUGAAAAACGUCCUCCUCCUCUUUACCCUAUUUCUCAAACCCAAUCUCAAGUUAUUCAUCAACAACCUAUUUACGAGUAUGAGAAUAAUCCGCUUUUCCUUCAACCUCAACCGUUUCAGGAACAGUAUAUUUCCAUUACUCAGGAUAUUCAUCAAUAUAUUCAAAUUAAUUGAGACGAUAAUUUGCAGGAGUUGAUUCUGUUUGCGAAAAAAGACCGUAUAAGACUGAUUUAUAUUUACGAGUAUUAUUUUGUUUGAUUGCCAAAGUAUCGAUGUUGAGUAUUAAAAUUGCUCAGAAACAAUGAGCUAGAAGUGAUUUUUUUUUAAUUUUGUAGAUUUUAUAAAAUGAUAGUCAUUAUUAUUAUAAUUUUUUUCUAAAUAAAAAUGAUUUUGUGUCAA